CUGAAGACACGCCGCUUUUUUGCGGUCUUGCACCCAGCUUGUUUGUCUACCUUACCUUACCUUACCUCUCAUCAGGUAGGCCCAAUCUUCGUCCCUCACUUUCUUGAAACACAAGCCCCGAGCUUCUUUUUUUUUCGUGCUGGGCUCUGUUCGUAUAUAAAACCAUUCGAUAUAUCCACCUUUUGAUAUAGAUACCUCCCGCCACGACAAUGGCACCCGAAGUACUUCAACAAUUUGCCGUAGGUGGAGGACUCCCAGUAACCAAGAUGCAGGACCCAAAAGAGAAGUUUUACCACCAUUUUCAGGAGGAAGUCAUCGGUCUACAAGAGCAGAUCGACAACGUGAGCUCCCUAUCUCAGGUCGGUGGUGAGAGGCAAGAUGCCAUUGAUCACAUCCUGGCCGGGAUAUCAAAUCUCUCCAACGAAGUCGCCGACGCUUCCGACUAUGUCCCCUCGUACGACCAACGCAACUACGCCCAGGCCGUCAAAGCUCUCACAGACAAACUGAAUGAGACCACGGCAAAGCUGGCCCCGCGUUCGCGCUUCCAAUUCAAGCCUCGUGGAGCGAGUUCAGCAACCGCCAACAGCGACCUAGCCACUCCCAAAAAUGACCCCCGUCUCAUGGUAGGAGCCAGCCUCGCCGACCCCCUACCACCCUCUCGGGGCGGCCCGGUCGUCGCCCCCCCCGACUCAAGCCAGGCUACAGAGACAGACGGCCUCGGCGACCUCCCCAACUUCCCCAAGAACUACAACGAGGAAAUGGCCCGGCCGAGCGCCACCAAAGUUCGCAAACCCAGCUUCUCCACCGCAAAGGACAUUGCCAUCUUCGGCCAGGACGGCCUGCACAUCAUCCUCCCGUCCUCGGCGUCGCGUGCGACGAGUUCCGGCCGCCUGACCGAUCUCAGGGGGUGUGUUGUCGACAUGUCCAUCGCGCUCUCGGGCCACACCUCGUUUGCGAACCUGGCGCUCAAGAAUAUCGACAAGAGUCUUGUAGUUGCGGGUAACGUGGCUGGGCCGGCGCAUAUCACGGGCGUGUCGGAUAGUAUUAUCGUCGUCUCUGCCCGGCAGGUGCGUAUCCACGAGUGUAGGAAUGUCGAUAUCUAUCUGCACUGCUCGAGUCAUCCGAUUAUUGAGGAUUGUUCGAAUAUGCGCUUCGCGCCGCUGCCGCCUAGCUUUAAUACCACAGAAGACCCUACCAAGAACCAGUGGGAUCAAGUAGACGACUUCAAGUGGCUCAAGUCGGAGCCCAGCCCGAACUGGAGCGUCUUGGCAGAGGAAAAGAGGCUGCCCGAGGAGAUUUGGACAAAGGUUGUGCCGGGCGAGCGCGGCAAGGAUUUGCACGAUAUCCUCAAGGCUGUCGGGGUUCAGAAGUAUUGAGAACCAGACGUAGAUUGUUGUUAUUCGACCAGGAUGUAAUAGGGAGAACGUUGCUGGUUGAAGUUUCGGAUCCGAGUCCUGGCCAGGAGUUUUAGGAAGGCCGCUAUUCUUUCGCAAGGGAUGCAUGAUUACGGUGCAAGAAAAUAGCGUCCUUUUUUCGG